CCGGAUUGGAAACGAAAAACAGACAACAAAAAAAUUUAAAAAAAACACAGAUAUUAUAAAAAGCACCGAUUCACCCAUUAAAAUAUCCCAUAAAAAUCAACCCAGAACUCUCUCUCUUUCUCUUUCUCUUUUCCUUUGGGUUCAAUUGGAAUUAGAUCUGAACCUGUCAAUUAAAAAUUUUCUUUAGGGUUUUGAGUUUGUCUUCAAUUAUCUAUAGGUUGUCUUAAAAUUUGUUGAGUUCCUGGUUUUUGCGUUCAGUUUGCGACAUUGAGUUGUUCGGUUUUUACAAUUUCGUAAAAAAUUUGAGAAAUUAGGAUCUCUUUUAGCGCUUAUCGGGAUGCUGAGUUCGGAGAGAAUGAGCGCGUCGCCACCAUCGACAACGGCGCCGUCACCGCCUCAUCCACCUAAGCAGUAUGGAGUUACGAAGCCAAUAUCGAUGUUGGGACCGACAGAGGCUGAUAUUCAGAGAACCCUCGAAUUAGAGAAGUUUUUGGUUGAAGCCGGGCUUUAUGAGAGCAAAGAGGAAGCAGCGAAGAGAGAAGAGGUUCUGGGUCGAAUCAGACAGAUUGUUAAAAAUUGGGUGAAGGAUCUUACUCGUUUGAGGGGAUACUCUGAUCAGAUGGUGGCGGAUGCAAAUGCUUUAAUUUUUACUUUCGGGUCUUAUCGUCUUGGGGUACAUGGUCCUGGUGCUGACAUAGACACACUAUGUGUUGGACCAUCCUAUGUCAAUCGAGAGGAAGAUUUCUUCUUUAUAUUACAUAACAUCCUGGCAGAAAUGGAAGAAGUUACAGAACUGCAGCCUGUUCCAGAUGCUCAUGUCCCAGUGAUGAAAUUUAAGUUUGAUGGAAUAUCAAUUGACCUUCUAUACGCAAGUAUCUCUCUCUUGGUUGUACCAGAAGAUUUGGACAUCUCUGACAUAUCUGUAUUGUAUGAUGUUGAUGAACCAACUGUUCGGAGUCUCAAUGGAUGUCGUGUUGCAGAUCAAAUUCUUAAGCUUGUUCCAAAUGUUGAGCAUUUUUGCACAACGCUCAGAUGUUUAAAGUUCUGGGCUAAAAGGCGUGGUGUUUACUCUAAUGUGACUGGAUUUCUUGGUGGUGUGAACUGGGCACUUCUCACAGCUCGUGUAUGCCAGCUUUACCCUAAUGCUGUUCCUAGCAUGAUUGUUGCUCGGUUUUUUCGGGUUUACACACUAUGGCGCUGGCCUAACCCAGUCAUGCUAUGUGCAAUCGAGGAGGCUGAGCUUGGGUUUUCUGUUUGGGACCCUCGUAAAAAUCCUCGUGACAAAACCCAUCAUAUGCCGAUCAUAACACCUGCUUACCCAUGCAUGAAUUCUAGCUAUAAUGUGUCAACAAGCACUCUCCGUGUUAUGAUGGAUCAGUUUCAAUACGGUAAAAAGAUUUGUGAGGAAAUAGAGUUGAAUAAAGCUCAAUGGAGUGCUCUGUUUGAACCAUAUUUGUUUUUUGAAGGCUACAAGAACUAUCUCCAAGUUGACAUAAUUGCAGCUGAUGUUGAUGAUUUGCGAACUUGGAAAGGUUGGGUGGAAUCUCGACUAAGGCAGCUGACUCUGAUGAUUGAGCGUGACACAUAUGGCAAAUUGCAAUGCCAUCCUUAUCCUCAUGAGUAUGUAGAUUCAUCCAAGCCAUGCUCCCAUUCUGCAUUCUUUAUGGGCUUACAAAGAAAACGAGGAGAAAUGGUCCAGGAGGGGCAGCAGUUUGAUAUUCGUGGUACAGUUGAAGAAUUUAAGCAUUCAAUAAAUAUGUAUAUGUUUUGGAAGCCAGGGAUGGAAAUAUGUGUUUCUCAUGUUCGUCGUAAGCAGAUUCCUUCUUAUGUUUUUCCAGAAGGUUAUAAACGAUCUCGACACCCAAAAUUUUCAUCUCAGCUGCAGUCUGAUAAGCAAUGCUGUGAAGACAGUGAUGCACAUCAGACUGGAUCUGGUGAUAGAUUAUUUAAAAGGAAAAAAGAUACAGAUGCUAUGGAGCAAGAUACUCCAGGAAAACGACAGUCCAUUAGCCCUCAGAAGCAGGAUUCUGCAUCUCCAGAGCGUAUGGCACCAAGUAGCUUGAGUUCUAGGACUGGAUCAAAUUCAGGCCCGAUUAACCCAAAUAAAAGGAUGCUGGAUCAGGAGAUUGCUGAGGUUGGAAAUCUCUUAAACUCCAGCAAUACAUCUGUGACAAGUUAUGAUGUUGGAAAUGAGUCUGUAGCAGGUAGCACUGAGGGAAAUAAUGGAAGCAUUGAUGGGAGUGUUGAAGGGAGCAAUAACCUAGGAUCUUCUCAAAGCGAUUCUUGUGAUGCAGAUUCUAAAUCCCUCUCGGAGAAUGGGAAUCUUGAUGGCAGUGGAGUAUUUUACAAUGGAACGCAGGGAGAGUUAGAGCCAAAUACUAGCCUCGGAGAAGUUUUGCAAUCUAUGGGCGGAAUGGACUCAGAAACUGUGCAGAAAACCAGUUAUAAGGCAACAGGCUGAGUUUGACGACAACAGUAUAAGAGAUUAGUAGUCACAUAGAAACCCUUGUAUCAUCAGUUAUAAUCUAAUGGCUCAGAAGAGAGGGGAAAGCCAACAAUUCUGGUAAGUGCUAUUUAAGUUGGUGGCUUUGAUUCCUUUCGUUUUUUGCAGACAUGCUUGUGAGUCUAUCUUAGUGAGUAAACCAUCUUUAAGGCAUGAUCUGAAAGAGAGUUGUGGGAUGCAGCUUGGCCAUCAUUUCUGUACAGUUAUUUUUUUUAUUUUUCCUUCGUCUUGUUAGUAGUAUUCUGUUCUGCACAAUCAAUGAGCUCUUCCAAGCUCGGAAAGUUAGAUGUUUGUUUUUAUUAUUUUUGUGCUGACAAUCUCCUACUGUGGUAAUCUCCCUAAUGAAGGGGUGGUGGGUAUUCUGUGUCUCAGUCUUGUUCUUAUUCUACACAACUUGUGUAUACGCUGUGAUGAAAUGUAAUAACGUUAUGUUGGACCUCUCUGUA